GGGAGGGGUCGGGCAACGCACUAAAGGAGGGAGGGAAGGAGAGAGAAGGGGAACUUGGUCAGGGGGAGCAUAAUCAUUCCAAUUCUGCUGCCCUUGAAACUCCAGCUACCUUCUUUGCAGUUUUACGUCGCAAUAACUUUACUAAAUUACUAAAAGCUUCAACUUUUUCUCGGAAACUGUAGCUUAUUUGAACGUCGGGAAAAACAACAGCAGGCUCACAGAUCCGCCUCGGAGUGUCUUGGCACAUUUACAAGAAUUAUAAAGUGAAUAGCAGCUGCUUUUGGACAUCAUUGAAAGCAAUAUAAGUGCUAUCAAUCAGAGGACUAUAGUAUCGAUGUUCAAGUGAAGACGGGUUGGAGAUACUGUCUCACAUCCCGCUGUAGCCUAACUAUGGGUCGAUAGUAUGGACUUACCCGACUCUGGAGAGGGACAGUGCAUCACGGCUGAUUGGAAUUUACUUCUCCGCUAUUCGUGUGGAAUAAAAAUUCAUUAACAAACGGGAGGAUUAUUUACGAGUUUCACUUAAAAGUUAGGUUUUGUUGUUUCGUGUGGAGGGAUGGCGGGACCAGUUAUGUUUCUUUUCCUGUGGGUGUUGACAUGGUUCGGGGAAGUUCGGGGUGCUUCGUACCCGCAGCGGUAUAAUCUGUACUCGGGGCAGACCCAGGCGCUGCCACAGAACGGCGUCCGGGCGGCAAGCAGGCACAGAAACUGGUGUGCGUAUGUAGUGAAGAAGACCGUGAGCUGUGUGGUGGAGGAUGGAGUGGAGACCUACGUGAAGCCUGACUACCACCCCUGCUCCUGGGGCACGCAGUGUUCCCGUAUGGUGACGUAUCGAACGUAUAUGAAGCCGCGGUACAAGGUGGCCUACAAGAUGGUGACGGACAUGGAGUGGAAGUGUUGCCAUGGUUACACCGGAGAUGACUGUAGUGAAGGGCCGAGCGGAGGGUCGGGGACCCAGAUCGCUACAGCCAGACCCAAACCGUCCCGACCGGGACAGACCGGAACCGACACAGGUCACAGAGGGCAGAGUGGAGGAGACGGGCGAGGCGACAGCGACAAGACGCGGCAGCUGGAGGACAAGAUCCAGAGCCUAACCAAGGACCUCCAGGACCUGCAGUCCACACUGAGGGGCAUGAACGAACGCUUCCAGGAGGAGAUGCGCAAACCGGGUUUCAGUGGUGGUGGCACCAAGGCCCCAGCGGACGCGGCCCAGCCGGAGAUUAAGGACACCAUCCACAGCAUCCAGACCAAACUAGACCAGCUGGACAACAGGACCCAGGCUCACGACAAGACCUUGGUCAGCAUCAACAACCACCUGGUCAACGGGAAUGGCGGCGGUGGGAAUGAUCUUGGUGGUGGCACUGGCGACUCCUCUGGAGGCACCGGUGGGAUUAGCGGUGGGAAGCUCAACACGCUGAAAGAGGAGAUCCUGAGGGAGCUGGAGAGAAGGGUGUCUCUGUCCUGCUCCUCCUGCCAGUCGGGGGUUGAGGACCUGCGGAGACAGCAGCAGGAGGACAGGGAGCGGAUCCGUGCACUGGAGAAGCAGCUGAAUGCCGUGGAUGGACGAUAUCGCCAGAGCCUGGAUGGCCUGCGCCGCGAGGUGACGCGCUCCCAGGGCUGCUGCGAUUCUGUCACCGACCUCAAGUACAGGGUCACAGAUGCUGAAAGGAAGAUCAGCUCCAUAUCAGAGAACUACGAUGUCAUCCAAAACCGCCUGGAUAAGGAGCUGGGCAGUGGCGGUGGUAGUAAUGGAGGUGGAGGUUUGCCAGGAGGUGGAGGUGGCUUUGGCCCUGGAAGUGGUGGCUUUGGCCCUGGAGGUGGCAGCGGGUUACCCAGGGUGAUAGAGGACAGGCUGGACGGUCGUCUGAGGGACCUUGAGAGGUGGGUGAACAGCACAAUGCAGCACACAGAGGAGACAGAGAAAGACCUGAAGGACUACUUCAACCGUGAGUUGGGUGACCUCAGGACCGUGUUCCUGGACCGUUUUGACGACCAGGGAUACCGCAUCGGCGACAUAGAGCUAGACGUGGGCAUUGUAAAGGACCUCGUGUCGGACCACGACAAGAAGCUGACCCACCUGGAGAACUCCACGGCGCUACUAGACAAGAGUCUGACUGACUGUGGCUGUGGAGGAACAGGAGGAGAAGCUGGAGGAGGAGGAGUUAGAGGAGGUGGAAGAGAAGAUGGAGGAGGAAGUAGAGGAACCGAAGGAACAGGGGGAAUGGGAGGGAGAGGAGCUGAAGGUGGAGCAGGGGAAGGAGGAAGGGGAGAUACAGGAGGAACAGGAACUGAAGGAAGGAGAGAUGGAGGAACAGGGGGAAUCGGAGGAGGAUGGGGAGGAGCUGGAGGUGGAGCAGGGGAAGGAGGAAGGGGAGAUACAGGAGGAACAGGAACUGAAGGAAGGAGAGAUGGAGGAACAGGGGGAACCGGAGGAGGAUGGGGAGGAGCUGGAGGGGACGGAGGAAACGAUUACGAUGGAGACACUGUGAAGUCUAUCACCUGGAGGGUGGUGGCCAAUGAGGACGAGAUCCGACGCUUCGACACACGGAUCAAGGACCUGUCCGUCUCGGGCGACUCCCUCAUGGACAAGGUGCUGGACCUCAGCCACGACAUCCGCAAGAUCAAAGCCCUGACCGGAAACAAUGGCGAGCACUUCAACCGCAUCGUCACAGAAGUUGAGACGCUCGGGCGUGGCAUGGAUGACUGCGACGUCUGUGGAAGAGUGGAAGACGAGUUCAAGAAGCUGAAGAACCACACCCUGAACCGCUGGGAGAAGGACAUCAACGCCAUCCGGAACCGGGUGGAUUCGGACCAAAGCUUUUGCUCCCAGGUGUGCUCCACCCUACAGGAAGAGGUGGCGGAACUCCGGGAGGAGGUGGGGAAAUGUAGCAACCAGUGUAAGAUCCACCUGGAGACCCCAACAACAGGAGGUGGCACUGGAGGACGAGGCCUGGAUGAACCUGAGAAGCCCCUGGACGGCCACAGUGUGAUCGGAGGCACGUCCAACAACGGCCACCUCAAGUCCCUGCAGGGCGAGCUCUCCGAGGUCAUCCUGACCUUUAGCUCCAUCAACGACACGCUGAGGGGCCUGGAGCACACAGUGCAGAAACACGGCAGUGUCAUCACGGACCUGGGCAACACCAAAGACAAGAUCAUCUCUGAGCUGGACAAGAUACAGCAGGAGGUGACUGAGCACAUCGAGAAGAGCCGCGACCGCCUCGACGGGGUGGAUCGCGAUGUGCGACGCUUCGAGAGCACCCUAGUGGUGGAGGUGGGCGACUGCAAGCGAUCUGGCGACGGCCUGGAGAAGAGGCUGUCCAAGAUGGAGGGCGUGUGCGGACGGCUGGACGGCGUCUCUGACUCGCUCCAGAGGAUCAAGGAGGGGCUGAACAAGCACAUGUCGGGCCUGUGGAACUGUGUGAAUGGUCUGAACGCCACGGUCAUCUCCCAUGGAGGGAUUAUUAAGAGCAUCCAGACCACUCAGCUGGACGGGAUCCACGGGAAGAUCAAGAACCUCAACUCGUCUGUCAGUCACAUCCUCACUGAGUUCCAGAAUCUUUUGGAACAGGACCUGACCGGUGUGCAGUUGGUUAGAGGUUUGAAUGGCCUGCCUGGUCCUCCAGGUCCCUCUGGGGAGAGAGGGUUCCAAGGGCUGCCUGGCGCUAAGGGGCCCCAAGGCAGGGACGGAUCCCCGGGCAGGCAGGGAGAGAACGGGCCCAGAGGAUCACCAGGCCUCAAAGGUGAACGAGGUAUGCCAGGUGCCGAUGCCAACGUGCGCAAGCUGUCCUUCUCUGCCGCUCUCACCUACCCCAUGCUUAGUGCUGGCACCAUCGUCUUCGACAAGAUCUUUGUCAACGAGGGAGAGUUCUAUGAGCCGCGGACUGGCAUCUUCACGGCUCCCGUUGAUGGCCACUACUUCUUCAGCGCAAUCCUGACUGGCCACAAGAACGAGAAGAUUGAGGCGGUGCUGUCCAAGUCCAACUACGGCAUGGCCCGUGUGGACUCCGGGGGAUACCAGCCAGAGGGACUGGAGAACAAGCCGGUAGCCGAGGCCAAGAUCACCCCCGGCUCCCUGGCUGUGUUCAACAUCAUCCUGCCCCUCCAGGCCCGAGACACAGUCUGCAUUGACCUGGUCAUGGGCAAGCUGGCCCACUCUGUAGAGCCUCUCACCAUCUUCAGUGGAAUGCUGCUGUAUGAACAUAUGUAAGCCAAAACCCCCUAGCUUGUCCAUCUGGAACAUAAGAGAGGGAGAGGAAGGAAGAAACGGAAGAAGGACGAGGGAAGAAGAAAGUUAGAGAAGAGAGGGGUUGGGGUUGGUCCCCAUUCUGGACUGUUUAGACUCACAGUUUGAAUUGACAACCGCUUUUCAAAGCAAAACGACAGGGUCCAGAGAUGGAAUUACUUUAAAUCAACUCGUGAAACACGGGAACGAACGACAACUAGGAGACGACUACGACAGAAAAGUGUUGUGUUUCUCCCUCUGUGUGUCAUUCCUGGCCCUCUGAUGUUGUGAGACCUGAUGAACUGCUUGAACAAAUACAGGAUGUACUGUAAACUAAGUAGCAGACUGAGAGACUUCGUCCUUCGUUUUUUUUAACCUAGUUCGUCCAGUAUUUGGAGAAGUGUUUUUCACACCAAAUUUGUUGCUACUACUGCAGGAUUUUUCUAUGGUUAUUCUUAUUACUAUGUCCCUGUUUCUAUAUUACUCACUCCAGGCAUGGGGCUCAGCGUACAGUAGUCCUCAGUCUGCUUGACAUCCCACCUUUGCUGCAAAGGGUUUCCCUGACAAAGAACCAGACCCACUGAAAAGGUCUGAGGUUAACCGGAAGUUAGGAAUAGGGGAGAGAACCAGGAAUGAGAAAUUCCUUGCUUGAUUUUCUAUAGCUGAUUUCUAUGGUGAUGAAUUCACAUUUUGUGAUUUUAAUGUUAUCGUGCACCUUUCUGCCUCCUUGUCUCUCUGUUCUGUAAUGCCUUUGGAUUGGCGAUCCAAACCUUGGCCUUGUUGACGAUAUUGCUACAGCUUAAGUGUGUUAUACUGGUGGUUCCCAAAGCCUUUUAUGUGCCAUACGUGAACUAGCUAAAUGUGCCGUCCGUGAUCUAACUAAAUGUGCCAUUCGUGACCUAGCUAAAUGUGCCGUCCCUGACCUAGCUAAAUGUGCCGUCCGUGACCUAGCUAAACGUGUGGUCCGUGACCUAGCUAACUGUGUUGUCCGUGACCUAGCUAAAUGUGCCGUCUGUGAUCUAGCUAAGUGUGCCGUUCGUGAUCUAGCUAAAUGUGCCAUCCCUGACCUAGCUAAAUGUGCCGUCCCUGACCUAGCUAAACGUGCAGUCCGUGACCUAGCUAAACGUGUGGUCCGUGACCUAGCUAAACGUGUGGUCCGUGACCGAGCUAAAUGUGUUGUCCGUGACCUAGCUAAAUGUGUUGUCCGUGACCGAGCUAAAUGUGCCGUCCGUGACCUAGCUAAAUGUGCCGUCCGUGACCUAGCUAAAUGUGUUGUCCAUGACCUAGCUAAAUGUGUUGUCCAUGACCUAGCUAAAUGUGCCGUCCGUGAUCUAGCUAAAUGUGCUGUCCUUGACCUAGCUAAAUGUGCCGUCCGUGACCUAGCUAAAUGCGUUGUCCGUGACCUAGCUAAAUGUGUUGUCUGUGACCUAGCUAAAUGUGUUGUCUGUGACCUAGCUAAAUGUGCUGUCCGUGACCUCGCUAAAUUUGCCGUCCAUGACCUAAAGCCUUCAGACAUGUCUUGCCAUGCUCCAGAUGAAUGAAAACAUUUUCGUACCCCAGACCCAGCCUUAACCACAACCAAGUAGGAAUUUGCCUCAACCAAACAGAGGGAAACUCUGCCCUAUACCCCAGUACAGAAGGAAACUCUGCCCUAUACCCCAGUACAGAAGGAAGCCCUGCCUUAUACCCCAGUACAGAAGGAAGCCCUGCCUUAUACCCCAGUACAGAAGGAAACCCUGCCUUAUACCCCAGUACAGAAGGAAACUCUGCCCUAUACCCCAGUACAGAAGGAAGCCCUGCCUUAUACCCCAGUACAGAAGGACCACAUGGCCUAUAGAUCCUUUAUUACAUCAUUAGAGGGAAUCAGAUGAUGUGACUCAGCAAUCUUCAACCUAACAGAGUCACACCCCAAAGAGUGAGAAAGUCAGUCUGAAAGCCUCGGUGACCAGUCAGGAGGGAGUAUCACCCCCCCCCCCGAACCCGAACCCCCCGUUUCCCCCUUAGGCACACGAUGUGUUGAACGGCUGCCAAGGGCCACAAGGAGUGAGCGGAUCAUAAACAGAGCGAUGUGCUCUCUCUCUCUCUAAGAGGCCCCGAUGGACGUCAUUAAUCUAGGCACAGUGAAGUGUUUACACAGGACGAUAAAUAAGAAGCUCUCUCUGACAGCAAGGGAUGAUUACUUGGUCAUGUCUGUCGGCUCCCCAAUGUCCCAAUGAUGCAGAGGAAUAGUUACAGGCCUUCUAAUGAGCCAUUGAUACAGAGGUCUAGGUUCUCUAAUGGCCCAGUGAUACAGAAGACUAGGUUCUCUAAUGGCCCAGUGAUACAGAAGACUAGGUUCUCUAAUGGCCCAGUGAUACAGAAGACUAGGUUCUCUAAUGGCCCAGUGAUACAGAGGACUAGGUUCUCUAAUGGCCCAGUGAUACAGAGGACUAGGUUCUCUAAUGGCCCAGUGAUAUAGAAGUCUAGGUUCUCUAAUGGCCCAGUGAUACAGAAGACUAGGUUCUCGAAUGGCCCAGUGAUACAGAAGACUAGGUUCUCUAAUGGCCCAGUGAUACAGAAGACUAGGUUCUCUAAUGGCCCAGUGAUACAGAAGACUAGGUUCUCUAAUGGCCCAGUGAUACAGAGGACUAGGUUUUCUAAUGGCCCAGUGAUACAGAAGACUAGGUUCUCUAAUGGCCCAGUGAUACAGAAGACUAGGUUCUCUAAUGGCCCAGUGAUACAGAAGACUAGGUUCUCUAAUGGCCCAGUGAUACAGACCGGGGCAGAUGCAACAAUGAGGUGCUUUCAGAGCAGGGUAGAUGCAGCAAUGAGGAUCUUUCAGAAUGGGGCAGAUGCAACAAUGAGGAUCUUUCAGAGCGGGGCAGAUGCAGCAAUGGGGAUCUUUCAGAGCGGGGCAGAUGCAGCAAUGAGGAUCUUUCAGAGCGGGGCAGAUGCAGCAAUGAGGAUCUUUCAGAGCAGGGCAGAUGCAACAAUGAGGCACUUUCAGUAUGGGGCAGAUGCAGCAAUGAGGAUCUUUCAGAGCAGGGCAGAGAAAAUAAAAAUAAGAAAAGCAGGUUAAAUUGUAACAGAAACAUCAUGUCAGUCAACUCAUUUCUUUAGUAAAAAGACAGGUGCUGCUGAUAACACUGCCAUCGUCAUCAAGGAUGUUGGAAUUAUUUUGGGAUGAACGUGCAAAAGUAACCUACUUUUUUAAGUGAUUUGUUUGACAAUGAGAUGAAAACAUCAUGACUGGUUGUGGUCAUGGUACAUUAAAAGUACAUUUUUACAGUUAAAUUACAUGUCUUUACUAUAAAACCCAUAGGAGGGGGGGAUGGUGUGGAAGCUCAGACUGACCUCUGCCUGGGUCUUCCAAAUCACUAAGUCCGCCCCUGUACAGAGGAACAGUUACAGACCCUCUAAUGGCCCAGUGAUACACAGGAAUAGUUACAGGCCCUCUAAUGGCCCAGUGAUACAGAGGAAUAGUUACAGGACCUCUAAUGGCCCAGUGAUACACAGGAAUAGUUACAGACCCUCUAAUGGCCCAGUGAUACACAGGAAUAGUUACAGACCCUCUAAUGGCCUAUGUGAUACUCCGCACCUAGUGUUUUCCCAACCCAGUCCUAGGUUCCCCCUUAACCAUUUCACAUAUUUGAUCUAUUCCAACACUAGCGCACCAGAACAGGAUCAGGAUAGAUACGUUAGACUAUUAGACUAUGUGUUAUUUACUAGGAAAUUGAUUCAAUUUACAGAUCAGCAAAUGGAUACCAACAUAUUUGACAGAGAGGUACACCAUUAUGAUCAAAUACAUGGAGUUGUAUUCAAAUUAUAUCACUAUUGGAAGACGCUGCAUUUAGUUGAGAAGCUGCUAUCUUGCUACUCUGUGCCUUUGAGCAUUUCUCCACUUGGUCCUAUCUGACCUCUAUGUUUGUUAUUGCUAAAGGAAUUCCAAAGGUUUACUCAAUCUAUGAAGUCACCAACAACUGGUCAUUCCACAUGCCAACCAAAGCAAUGCUAUGUAUUAAAGGUCCAGUUCCUCUUUGUUUUUGCAGAUCCUCCUCCCUACAGUCUAACCUUUUGCCUUGAAUGUGUGAUUUGGCAACACGUGUAGCUCAAAUAAAGGUAUUUAAUUUUACAGCCAUGUCCUCUACGUAGGAGUUUGUUUUGGAUUAAUUCUCUGCUCGGAGGGUUAGGACUCUAAUCUAGCUGCUCAGAGGGUUAGGAUUCUAAUCCAGCUGCUCAGAUGGUUAGGAUUCUAAUCCAGCUGCUCAGAUGGUUAGGAUUCUAAUCCAGCUGCUCAGAGGGUUAGGAUUCUAAUCCAGCUGCUCAGAUGGUUAGGAUUCUAAUCCAGCUGCUCAGAUGGUUAGGAUUCUAAUCCAGCUGCUCAGAUGGUUAGGAUUCUAAUCCAGCUGCUCAGAGGGUUAGGAUUCUAAUCCAGCUGCUCAGAGGGUUAGGAUUCUAAUCCAGCUGUUCAGAGGGUUAGGAUUCUAAUCCAGCUGCUCAGAGGGUUAGGAUUCUAAUCCAGCUGCUCAGAGGGUUAGGAUUCUAAUCCAGCUGCUCAGAUGGUUAGGAUUCUAAUCCAGCUGCUCAGAGGGUUAGGAUUCUAAUCCAGCUGCUCAGAGGGUUAGGAUUCUAAUCCAGCUGCUCAGAGGGUUAGGAUUCUAAUCCAGCUGCUCAGAGGGUUAGGACUCUAAUCCAGCUGCUCAGAGGGUUAGGAUUCUAAUCCAGCUGUUCAGAGGGUUAGGACUCUAAUCCAGCUGCUCAGAGGGUUAGGAUUCUAAUCCAGCUGCUCAGUGGGUUAGGAUUCUAAUCCAGCUGCUCAGAGGGUUAGGAUUCUAAUCCAGCUGCUCAGAGGGUUAGGAUUCUAAUCCAGCUGCUCAGAGGGUUAGGAUUCUAAUCCAGCUGCUCAGAGGGUUAGGAUUCUAAUCCAGCUGCUCAGAGGGUUAGGAUUCUAAUCCAGCUGCUCAGAGGGUUAGGAUUCUAAUCCAGCUGCUCAGAGGGUUAGGACUCUAAUCCAGCUGCUCAGAGGGUUAGGAUUCUAAUCCAGCUGCUCAGAGGGUUAGGACUCUAAUCCAGCUGCUCAGAGGGUUAGGAUUCUAAUCCAGCUGCUCAGAGGGUUAGGACUCUAAUCUAGUGGGAAAGGAUGGUGAUGAUGUCAUGUUUUGAGAUAUCCUCUGUCAGCGCAGUAUGUAGUUUGAGCAGACUUCCCGGGUUCAGUGCUCUUGUGUGAUUGCUUAAAUGUAUAUAGGCAGUGAUCCAAAUGCUGUGAUUUAUUAAUAAAUACAGUAUAUUGUAUGGAA